AGCUCUUGCAGAGAGAAAAAUUCACCACAAGCAAAGGACCUUCUAGAUUGCUCCUGGAGCGUGGGGACAAGAGUCUCUGCUGUCUAAGUUCCUGAAUCCAGAAAAAAAAAAAUGUUCUUAUGAAGAUGGGAAAAGAAAUCCAGCUAAGGCCUAAGGUCAAUGUCUCUUCUUACAUCCACUUUUUGCUGAAUUACAGAAACAAGUUCAAGGAGCAGCAGCCAAAUACCUACCUUGGCUUUAAAGAGUUUUCUAGAAAGUGUUCAGAAAAAUGGAGGUCCAUUUCAAAGCAUGAAAAGGCCAAAUAUGAAGCCCUGGCCAAGCUUGACAAAGCCCGAUACCAGGAAGAGAUGAUGAACUAUGUCGGCAAGAGGAAGAAACGGAGAAAGCGUGACCCCCAGGCGCCCAGACGGCCUCCGUCAUCCUUCAUACUCUUCUGCAAAGAGCACUAUGCCCAGCUGAAGAGGGAAAACCCAAACUGGUCGGUGGUGGAGGUGGCAAAGGCCACAGGGAAGAUGUGGUCCGCAACAACAGACGUCGAAAAGCAGCCGUAUGAGCAGAAGGCGGCUCUCCUGAGAGCUAAGUACCAAGAGGAACUCGCAGCCUACCGUAAGGAACGCAAGGCAAGGAAGAAGAGCCUCUACAUGGCUAGGAACCAGCGCAGAGGGAAAAUCGUGUCGGGCAGAAGCUGAUGGAUUGAAUUUGAAAAGAAUAAAAUGCCAUUCACCAGU